GCUAGAUCGGCCGCUCGAGUCCUUCACGGGGGAACAGCUGAGGUCAGCCGAGGGAGCAGAGUGCGUGGAGGAAUCCGCCAAAGCUUCGGCAGAAUGGUGAUGAGGAUAAGAGAGUUGCCAAGUCAUGGAUAGAUCGCCACGAUGACACAUGAGACCCUCACGAGCUCCCAGCUGUCUGUCAAGGCGGCUGCCCUGCGCAUGGUCGACCUACCUCUGUCCGUGUACAGCUCUCUGGCACAGGUGAGUGUCAGCACAGGCACCAAGAAGCUGGUGGCUGCCACUGCCUUCGGCGCCGUCUCGCUCCUCUUCCUCGCUCGCCGCUUCCAGCGGAGGAAGGGCAGAAAGAAGGCUCAGUGGGAGCAGGCUGGCUAUGAGGUUAUCUCCCCGGCUGCAGCAGGAAACGAUAACACCAGUAAAAACAUCACGCUCUCCCUCAACCCCAAGAACUGCUACACCUCUGGUCUGCUACUCAAUGCUGGAGACUACAGAAAACUAUCCGGGUCUCUGCUGAGCCUGGCCUCGGUAAAAAGCAUGAACUCGUCCAGCAGCAGCACCUGUGCAAAUGUAUCCGCCUGCUGGGACAGAGGGGGGGAAGCUGAUAUCUGCAGUGUGGUCAACUUACCGGUCACCACACCUGAAAACCUCUACCUCAUGGGAAUGGAUUUAUUCGAAGAGGCUCUGCGGCGGUGGGAGGAAGCGUUGACAUUCAGGAGCAGGCAGGACGAGGACGACGCCAGCUGUGCAUCCGUCAAAACGGGAGCCGGAGACGCCAUCGCUGAGCAGAGCAUGGAGGACGUCAUCAGUGCAGAGUUCAUGCACAGGCUGAAGUCUCUGCUGCAGAGGGCUUACAGCCUCCAGGAGGAGUUUGAGGGAGUGUUGUGCAUGUCAGAGCCCUCAUCCCACAGCAACAGCCAGGAUAAAAUGACAGACAUUCUGGCCAGAGAGGAGCUGGACGACUCCUGUCUGAGAGACAGCAUGAGCAUCGCCUCCACGGACUCAUUUGUGUCUGCUGCCGAGCUGACGGAGCACAGAGAGCUGAGGAGCGUCUUCGCUCUGGGUCAUCACCUUUUCUACGAGGAGGCCCUGCAGAUGGCCGAGGAUGGCAAGAUCUCCUGCAGGGUGCUGCGGACUGAGCUGCUCGAGUGUCUUGGGGACGUUGAUUUCUUGGCCAAGUUGCACUGUGUGCGACAGGCAUGUCAGCUCAUUUUGUGCGACAGAACGACCCGGAUGUUUCUUGCCGACACAGGAAAGAAAGUUCUGUCUUCCAUUAUUGUUAAAGCACAGAAGAGCCCAAAGAGAUUCGAGGAAGUGUUUGAGGAGAUGAUUUCCUUCCUGGAGCACACGGAGCACUGGGAGAACACAGAGGUGGAGCUGGCAACACGGGGGGUGAAGCACUUGAACUUCUAUGACAUAGUGCUGGACUUCAUCCUGAUGGACUCGUUCGAGGACCUGGAGAAUCCACCGAUCUCCAUUCAGAACGUUAUCAACAACCGCUGGCUCAACAGCUCCUUCAAGGAGACGGCGGUGGCAUCAAGCUGCUGGUCCGUGAUGAAGCAGAAGAGACAGCACAUGAAGGUGUCCGACGGCUUCAUCGCUCAUUUCUACGCCGUGUGUGAACAGAUCAGCCCCGUCCUGGCAUGGGGCUUCCUGGGGCCCAAGAGCUCCCUGAAUGACUUCUGCUGCUUCUUCAAGGAUCAGGUCUUGCACUUCCUAAAGGACAUUUUUGACCUGGACAAAGUGCGUUACUGUUCUGUGGAGAGUCUAGCAGAGGACAUGCUCCACCUGCUGCACCGGCGCUCCGAGCUGCUGGUGGCCUACCUGGGGGCCGACUCGAUGCGGCUCGUCAACGGCUGCAGCUCCCCGAAGGUGCAGCUGCUGCCCAGCGCCCUGAUGGAGGCUCGGGUGCAAUGAGGGACGAGGAACUUGUAUCCAGACCGACCCGGGUCAUCACACACUACCACACAUGGAGAACUUUUAUUCUUGGGUGAGUUCAGAACCAACUGUUGGACUUUUGUUUUCCGCCCAUCUGUUCCAGAAAUCUGCUCAUUCAAGGAAUUCAAUGUUAAACACUAUUUCACCUCGGUCCGACAACUGCUCAUCACAUCUCCCAUCAUGCUUUGUGGUCUCAUUGCGCUGUAUCUGAGGAUAAAUUGUACCAGCUGCCUUGCCUUCACAGUUGAUCAUUAUUUCCAGUGCGGCCUCCUCCUCCUCCCCCCCCCCCCCAUUGUGCCAUGGCAGAGCACGUUCUAAAAGUUUUAGAAAAUAUCAUAGCAAUAUUUAAACUUGCUGUGAGACAUUUCAGUCAUUAUCUUGCAGUAGUAGAUAUUCCGCUGUGAAACUUAUUCUUAUUGCCGUUAAGAGCAAUUUGUGUGGAGGAAAAAAAAAAAAAGUAUUUUAAUAUUUAUUUUAUUAUAAAGCUUAAGGAUUUAUUUUUUAGAAGUUGUAGUUUUGCCUGUACGCAUCAAUGGAUUUGUGACAAGCUUCAAACAUACACUAGUAUGAAUACCAGUGUUGUAUUUUAAACUCUAUCGUACAGAUUUAUUAGACGUAUAUUUCCACAUCCUACUGAACAUCAACAAUGCUAAACUAUUAAAUACACUUCGUUUUUCUUCCAAGCACACAUUGCACAGGGAAAUCACUGAUUAAAGGGACUAGGUUUGAUAAAUGUUAAAUGUGUUGGGAGUUAUUACAUGUUCUUACUUAUAAGCUGGUUUUUUUUCUUGGCACUGGGAUUCACAAACCUUCUACAAUAUUUAAAUAAAGCCUACAGGGCCUUUAAUCCCAUCACAGUCAGCUACAGGAUAUGAAAUAUUAUACAUAAUUACUUAAUCCUUUAGCUGUUCCAACACUUUUACAUGAUGGGCAGACAUACAAGAAGCCUUACUAUUAAUGCACACAUUUGUCUUGUCUUCAUCACUGAAUGUAAGUCUUAAAUAUACUAUAUAUUAUCGUCUGCUCUGAUCAGUCACUGCCAUGUACAGAACAUGAAUCCUUUUAAAGCUGAGGGCAGCAGUUACAAGAGUUAAUGUUCCAGAAAAUACUUGACAUAUAAUUUAGCAGUCAUUUGCUGUAUUUUCCACCUUGAAAGACAGGUUCAUCUUUAAAACACCACCCACAUAUGUACUUUUUUUGAAGGUUAAUAGUCUGUGUGGUCACUCAUCCUGGUAAUUUGAGGCUACAACAGUCAGUUAGUCAUCAAGUUCAUUUUAUAGUCUCUUUAGGUUGGUAAUGUCCAUAGAUGGCGCUUCCUUGAGCUCAAACUGAAUAAUUUGCAACUAUUGUUUUUUUUCAUAUAUCACAAAGCCUCUUGCAUGUGGAUUCAUUUUUGGUUUUGGAAAGUUGUUGGUUGUUACUCUCCAUGUUAAACUACACUGGUGAUGGUACGGAAGUUUGUUUUUAAGACCAAGAAAAAUGUGACUGUACUUUAAGAUGUUAUUGUCAACACAGAGGGCAUUUUUACAUUUGUGAGUUCACCAUGUUUUGUUUUUUUAAUAAAUUAAGAAAAUAAAUACUGAUGUGUUUGUUGUAUUUUUCCUAUCAAGUCUUGUAUAAACUUUAGCUUCUUUCUCCACAAUGUUAAAUAAACUAAAGUGAAUGA